AUGGUGAGAUCAACGCAGAUUGCAAGGCUUGAUGGCCUGAUGCUGGCCGCGUCGGUGGAUGAUGAGCAGGCCGAGUCAGAGCUGUCGGAAAUCAAGUCGCAGGCCAAGAUGAUCUUUCGACGAUUGAACCGCAACUCCGCACCCCAAGCCAGCAUCGAGUCCAAGCAAUACAACCUCCACUAUCUGAUCAAGGAUGACGUCUGCUUCCUGUGCAUUUGUGACAGCUCCUAUCCGCGCAAACUGGCCUUCACCUAUCUGGCCGAUCUGGCCUCCGAAUUCACCACCACCUACACCCCCUCGCAGUACCUCUCCCCAAACCUCCGUCCAUAUGCCUUCGUCGAGUUCGACACCUUCAUCCAGCGCACCAAGAAAUUGUAUCAGGAUAGUCGCGCGUCGCAGAACUUGGAUAAGUUGAACGACGAGCUGCGCGACGUCACCAAGGUCAUGACCAAGAACAUCGAGGAUCUCUUGUACCGCGGUGAUAGUCUGGAGCGGAUGGGUGAGCUGUCGGGUCGGCUGCGCGAGGAUAGCAAGAAAUACCGACGGGCUGCUGUGCGCAUCAAUUGGGAGUUGAUGCUGAAGCAGUAUGGACCUUUCGCCGGCGUCGGGUUUCUCGUGAUCAUUCUGCUGUGGUGGCGGUUCUUCUAA